AUGUACAACGACGAACAAAAGCACCAAAUCGACCAAUUGGUCUCUCAGUGGUUACAAGUGGACCCUAAUGAGGUAUCCAGACAAGAAAUCCAGACCUUGCAAGCCCAAAACGACUACCUGACAUUGGACAGUAAGUUAUCCAAGAGAAUCGCUUUCGGUACAGCCGGACUCCGUUCUUCCAUGGAGCUGGGUUUUGCCCAUAUGAACGAUGUCACCAUUUUACAGGCAUCCCAAGGUUUAGUGGCAUACUUGGUUUCCACUUUGGAAGGCGCCCCUGGGUCUAUCGUGAUCGGAUACGACCAUAGGUUCCAUUCUCAGAGGUAUGCAGAGAUCACAGCCAGUGUAGCCUUGGCCAGAGGGUUUACUGUUUAUUACUUGGGCACCGCCAACAGCCUUUCCGAUGAGUCUGAUCCAGAUUCGAACCCGAAAGACGACAAACUGUAUGUGCAUACUCCAAUGGUGCCCUUUGGUAUCGACUACUACCAGGCAUCAGCAGGUGUGAUGGUGACUGCUUCCCACAACCCAGCCAAGGAUAACGGGUACAAGGUUUACUACGGCAACGGGUGCCAGAUCAUCCCACCGCACGACGCCGGCAUUGCCAAAAGCAUAGAUGAAAACUUAGACCCCUGGUUGGACCGCGGCGUAUGGAACGUCAAGGGUAACUUUGCCAAGGGAUUGGAAGAGAAAAAUUUGGUGCUUAUAAAGGACGAACUUACACAGAAGUACGUCAGUGCUGUCAGGGACCAGCUUAUCCAGAACAAGAGUAUUUCGUAUGACUUUGUCUAUACGCCCAUGCAUGGCGUUGGGCUUGAAAUUUUGUCUAAAAUUUUCCAACAGUUUGAAGCCAAGCAGUCAGCCGUGGACGUUGUGCCUGAACAAGCUGUUCCUGACGCUAAGUUUCCUUCUGUACCAUUUCCUAAUCCCGAGGAGAAAGGCGCUUUAGACUUGGCAAUUGCUCGCGCAGAGGCGCAGGGUUUCUCGUUGGUGGUGGCCAGCGACCCUGACGCCGACAGAUUCAGUGUUGCUAUAAGAAGAAGAGAAAGUGGAGAUUGGCAGCAGCUUACUGGAAAUGAGAUUGGAAUCUUGUUUGCAGCGUUUGUGGUGGAGGAGCUCACCAGUGCUGAUGACUUGCAUAAGACAUGGCUUCUUAACUCAACGGUUUCGUCUCAGCUCUUGAGGUCUUUGGCAGAAAAGGCUGGUUGUCAUUUCCAGGAUACGUUGACGGGGUUCAAGUGGAUUGGCAACAAAGCCAUUGACCUUAAGAAGGAGGGGAAUUUAGUGCCAUUUGGAUAUGAAGAAGCUAUUGGGUACAUGUUCGGUGUGGUCAACGACAAGGAUGGUAUUUCAGCCGCUGUGAUGUGGCUCCAGCUUUACGAAGCGUGGUUUAGCAAUGGCAAACAAGACCCGAUUGACAAGUUGGAGAAAAUUUACCAAAAGUACGGCUGGUUCAAGGAAUGCAACGGGUACUACAAGCUUGACGAUGUACUGAAGACACCCAGAAUUUUCAACGAAACCAUCCGCAAGCUGUACCCAUCCAACGAGCAUUACCCCCAAACGCUUGGAAAAUUCAAAGUCGUCGAAUGGCGUGACCUUACUAUCGGCUACGAGCUGGUCACCGCCAACAACGUCCCCAUUCUUCCCCUGGACCCUCUGUCCCAGAUGAUUACUGCCAUUUUGCAACCACAGGACGCCACAAACAAUGCAGAACAGGUGCGUUUCACCUGCCGAGGCUCUGGCACCGAACCCAAACUCAAAGUGUACAUUGAAGGCCGUUCAAACCAAAGUGAAGAAUCUGCCAUAAAAUUGGCCAGAGCCUGCUGGGACACCCUUAGAGACGAAUGGUUCAAGCCUAAAGAGAAUGGUAUCCAAGAGGUGGUGUAA